UUUAAAGUUUUGGAAUCUGGAGGAAUUGACAACUACAAAGGGCGUAUCUGAACUACAUUGGAAAAUAAUUUUAUUCGGAUGGUGACACAACAUACUUGUGAGCAUAAUCCAGCUCUCAUCGCGGCACAACAAGUGAAAACUGGGAUUAAGAGACGUGCACUUGAAACUAUGAAGGUUUUUUUCCAGCCGCCUAUUCCAGCCGUUUUUUUCCGCCUAUUCCAGCCGUUUAUAUAUUUCCGCCUAUUCCAGUCGUUUUCCAGCCGUUUUUUUCCAGCCGCCUAUCAAAUUUACAAAAAAACCGAAUUAGUUCAGGAGCAAUUUUUGUUAAGUGACUCUGGAGUAUAUUAUGAAAGGAAAUGAAAAUCCGCAAAGGUUUUGAUUAUAUUUUUGAAUGUCCUUGAUUUCGAGUCCCUUUUUAGAAUCCUUAUUUUUGCACCUGCAGCAAACCAUAAUUGGGCACAAAUGAUGAGAAUUGUUAUGGGGACGGCACUUUUAGUCUUAGCCCUCCUCUCUUUUACCAAAUUUAUGUGAUUUUGGCCAGGUUUAUUUAAUUUUUCUUUUUUAUAACCUAAUAUAUAGACGUGACCGUUGGGUGUUUCCCGUUUGUCAUGCUCUUUUAACUUGUAAAACCCAGUCAAACUAUGAAAAAAUGUUUAACAUGAUUCGAGCAAGUUGGCCAACAUUUAAUCCGGCAUCGUUUUCGAUUGACUUCG